AUGGCGACGACUCUGCCUCAACCUGCUCGUCAGAGUAGAUUUAUCUACGCGCCGGAGGUUCAUAGGUCUAAAGAGAGAACCAAAGCAACUCUCACUUCCAUCAUCACCCCCUUCUUCGAAAGUCUCCAUUCCCUCUACAACGGCCCGCGUUACGGUUUCCCGCCCGGAGAAAUAGGAGUCGCCCUCCGCAACAGCCUCGACCUCGUCCAAAGCCAUUACAUCCGCCGUCUCCUUGCGCAUUUCUUCAUCUCCCCAGCCAGCGAACAUCGUAUCGCAAUCUUAAAACUCCGCCAGGCAUUCCAGUCCUUGGAGGAUAUCUUUAUGGAGGAAGCCAUUGAGAUCGAAAUGUGCGGACAUCUAGCCCCGACCAACAGGGACUUCCCGACCAUUCGAACCUUCCCACCCAACAACUUCUUGACCAACGACAACAACCUCCCGACCGUGCCAACCGUCCCAUCCAGCAACACCCUCCCCACUCUCCCAAGCAACAACUUCCCCAGCAUCCUCACCACCACCAACAACUCCAACCUCAACAUCAACAAAGCCAUCAAAGCAGCAACCCGCGCCCGCGCCCGCGCCAAAAAGCACGAUACCCGCUGGCAAGACAUGCUCGCCUUCAUGGCCGUUGAGAAAACCCUGAAAGACAUGGAAACCUUGUGGCCCGAGAUGAGCCUGGAGAAUUUCAUGGAAGUGAUGACGGACUACAUGGUUUUUGUGCUGAGUCUGAACUUGGGACAGGUGGAGAGGGAGAGGGAGGUUAGGGAGUUGAGGAAGGUUGAGAAUGUUGAGGGUCAAAAGGGUGGGAAUAUGAAUAUGAAGAGGAUGAGGAGGAAGAGUUGUUUUUCUGACGGGAGGCAGAGGCUUUGGGGAUCAGACUGGAGGUCUGGAGGUCUGGAGGUAAAACAGAUGGGUGCAUGCCAGGCAGGUGUUGAGCGAUAG